AUGAAACAGCGCUCCUACCUGCUACAGUCGUUGCGUGGCGAUUCUGAGAGUUUGUCAGACGCAGACGGCAUUCCUCACUGGUGUGGCAUCUCCAUGACCGAGACCACCCAGACCCAGACCCAGACCACCUCCUUGCCCAUCAACACCAACGGCAAUGAUGCCUCCUCCCCCUUGGAGCCCGGAGCCACCAUCAAAUCUCUCAUCAAGUCAUUUGACACAGCAGUACAGAAUGGACCUGGGCCUGGACACACAGUACAGAUGCACUCCUCACCUAGAAGCCUUGUAAGUGGGAUCCCUGUCCGCACAGCACCUGCAGCUGCUGUCUCCCCCAUUCAGAGGCAUUCGUCUAUCAAACCACUCUCAAAGACACUGGAGAAAAGGAUCAACCAUGGAGAUUUCUCUCAUCCAGAUAAGUAUGGGGGCUCUGGGGAUGAGCUGAAGCCCAACAGCCUUAUGAGGAAGAGUCCUUCACUGGAGUCGGUCAUCAAGUCCCCAGCAACCCUCAGCAGCUGCAGCCACUCCAUGAGAUACAACAGGAACAACAGCAAGCUCAGUGUGGAAAGAAAGGACCCCUUGGCUGCACUGGCGCGGGAGUAUGGGGGAUCUAAGAGGAACGCACUACUGAAGUGGUGCCAGAAGAAAACAGAAGGCUAUCCGAACAUUGAUGUGACAAACUUCAGCAGUAGCUGGAGUGAUGGCCUGGCGUUCUGUGCUCUCCUCCACACCUACCUGCCUGCACACAUCCCUUACCAGGAACUCAGCAGUCAAGACAAGUGCUGGAAUCUGUCCCUGGCAUUCCAGGCUGCAGAGAGCAUCGGCAUCAAACCCUCCCUGGACAUUGAUGAGUUGAUGCACAAUGACAGACCGGACUGGCAGAGUGUCAUGCAGUACGUUUCUCAGAUCUACAAGUACUUUGAAACUUGACCAGAGAAGAGGAGGAGG